UUGGUCGUGUCCGUCGUUUCUUAAUGGCAAUGCGGGGUAAUUUGGCCGGUGCUAGUGAAGCAGCUUUGACGGUGCUCUCAGGAUCGCUGUGCUGGGACGGCCGACUUGAUACGGUCGUCGUACCGAGCUGGUUGGGUUUAUAUCCGUUGGUGGUGGCAUUGCGGCGCAGUCUGCCUCCUAGGGGCUCAUCAAGACACUGCGCAAUUCAACACGACGAAGAUGCUACGGAUCUGCUCGAACCAAACUGAUAGUCACAUCUCCAGCUCGCAAACACUAUCGACAACUUGUUUGCAAACAUCGGAAGGUUACGAGAUAACUACUGCGUCAACUGAAGGGAAGGGUGCUGGCUGCGGGUGCCAUGCUGCAGAAAAUGUUCAGGAAGGUCCGGCCGUGGUCGGCACUGGCCGCCGCGCGCGCCCUCUGCUCGGCCGCGGCGCCUCCGACGGGCGGCGAGGCAGCGCUGGUGACGCUGCUGCGCACCCGGUUCCCGGCCGCGGCGGCGCUGCACGUGGAGGACAUCUCGGGCGGGUGCGGCGCCAUGUACGCCGUCCAUGUAGAGACGGCCGAGUUCGCCGGCAUGAGCCGGCUGCGCCAGCACCGUGCUGUCCAGGAGGCGCUCAGCCAACAGAUCAAAGACAUGCACGGUAUCCGCGUCAGCACGGCUGUCCCACCAGAGCCGGCUGACCGGGCCGAGACGUGACGCAUGCAGCGGCCAUAAGAGUUAGUGCCAGCAGAGGCGUGUAGGGGUCGUCCUCGGGACCGGAGUUCGCCAAUAUGGAGUGCUUUGAAAGAAGAUUACCUUAUAAGCUUGUGUAGUUCUGUUUCAUCGCGGAUAGAUUUACUGAUUAUAGAUAGGCAUUGUAUAUAGCUGUACCUUACCUGGUUGUAACGAAACUCUAAUUGCUGUGGCUGGUGCAAACUGUGAUGUACUGCUUGAUACCUUAUGCAAAAAGUACAUUAGUAAAGACAAAUGUU